CGAUGCUCCACCAAUGCGGUAACGUGAUCUAGAGAGUGACUAGUCUGUGGAGACGGGCAAUCUCUCGCGGAGGUUGGCUGAAUUCGCGCAAGGUGUAUUUUCGUGUCGGAUAAGCGCUAGGCUGACCGUCAUAGCGCGCUGAAUAUCACACGCCUCGCUAACGAGUGAUGAAAACCCCGCACCGCAAUUAAAAUCGCGCCAGUCCCCACGUGAAUCGCCGCGCACGGUCGCGAACGGUGCGCUCGCCCACUGGUACUUCCUGAAAAAAUACGGCACCUCGCAGAGAUACGAGAUCAUGGCGGUGCCCAACACCGGUGUAGUCGUACCCCGAAACUUUCGUCUCUUGGAAGAGUUAGAGCAGGGACAAAAAGGUGUGGGUGAUGGUACGAUCAGUUGGGGCUUAGAGAACGACGAUGACAUGACCCUCACGCAUUGGACUGGUAUGAUAAUUGGACCGCCUAGGACGCCUUAUGAAAAUAGGAUGUAUAGUUUAAAAAUUGACUGUGGUCAAAGAUAUCCAGAUGAUGCACCUAAUGUUAGAUUUUUAAGCAGAAUCAAUAUGAAUUGCAUUAAUAGUGCUACUGGAGCUGUGGAUAAUCGCAGUGUACCAGUUCUCGCUAAAUGGCAGCGAGAAUACACAAUUAAGACAGUUCUUCAGGAGCUUCGUCGUUUGAUGACGUUGAAGGAAAACAUGAAACUUUCUCAGCCUCCGGAGGGCAGCACUUUUUAGCCUAACCAUAUAAACAAAGACAUCUUCCUUUUUGCAAUAGCAUGAGGCGAGAUCUAAUUGAAGGUACCAAAUAAUAUUAAAAGGGUGCCCAUUGAAGAUGUAUGUUUAAAAAACAAAAAAAAAUAAAGAAAAAACAGCUUUGUGUGAAAGGAGAGAGGUAAUAGCUUGGAAAGUUGAAUGAGUGUAUUAAGCUUAUGUAUAGGCUAGAUAGAGAAAUUAACAGUUUUGUUUGUCAAAACAGAACUGAUUCAUCGGAAUUUUUCAAGGAAAAGAACAAAUUUAGCGUUCCCGUGGGAUAUUUAUCGAGAUAUUUCGUUUUGCUUGUAAGUUAAUAUAUGUACGCACGAAUCGCGUCUAAGCGACGUGUGAUUGAUUUAAGAAAUUCGCUCCAGCUUUUCAAGCUAGUACGAUGUAAAGCAAACAAAAAAUCAUAUUUUGAAUCUUAAAACUCAAAACAGACUGUAAGAAAACAAGGUAAUCAAUAAGAAUAACUUAUGCCUUCGAAGUUUUUUAAACAAGAGAAGGGCAACGCCUGUGUAUUGUGAACCAUUUUAAGACUUUUUUCCGUUUGCGCGUAAGUGCCAUUUCAUCUCUUGCGGAGGUGUCACUCUCUCAGUGCUGUUGUAGAAAAAGAAAAGAAGAACAAAAGUUGUAAAUUUCGAAUUGUAAAUCUAUACAUCCAUUUUAUGUUUCUAUGCUGCGUACUGUUUCCAAUUACGCGAGUACAACUAGCGAUCUUUCGACGACGUAAAUAACAAUGUGUACGCGUUGCGCGCAUUCGGUUGAGAAAUUUAAUCUUAAAAACGGCCUGUCGCAUUGUAUGAUUUAUGUUUCAUAAUCGAUGCAAAAAGAAAUGUCGCUUUGUAACCGAAGGAUAAGCGGCAAUUUGAUUUAUUGUAAUCCUCUAUGACGAAUGUGGUAUAUAAUGCUGCAUGGUGAGGUACAUCAGUAUAUAAAGCAUCGUGGAUGAACAACUUUUAAUUACUAUGUUUGAACAUACGUGAAAGCCGUAAGUAUCGUAGCCACGUGUAUUACGAUCGUAUCUAUUAAAAUGAAAGAGGGUCACUGCAUGGACAAUGCUCAUGUUCGAUCCAGGCUUCAUAAUUGAUGUAUCAUUAUUAUUUUUAUUAUAAUUAUUAUAUAAUUAUUAAAGAGUCAUACUUAAUUCUUAACACACCGUGUAAAGUAUACAAGCUGCGUAUUAAUUGUUACAAAAUCAAGUUUAUCUCGCUCCUUAGUGCAAUUACAAUGGUGAAUUAUGUGGACCAUAUUAUUGCUGAAAGCGAUAUCGAGUUAUAUGCAGCCUGUUAAUGAUUUCCGAUAUAAAACGACGUGUUUGUUACGUUCGCCCCACGCCCACACACACACACACACACACACACACACACACACACACACACAUCUACACACAGCAAGAAAAUAAUUAUAAGUUAGUUAUUUCGACGUCAUUUGGGAAUUACAUGUUGUUCAGUUGAUCGGAAGAAUAAUGCCUUUAUUCAUAGACUAAAGUCGGUUCCACCAAAGUAGAUUUCGAAAUAUCUCCACGUUUGUGUAAUGUAAAAAAAAAAAUUUUUUCGAUUAUCCGGAACGGAAUAUACAUACCUCUUUGUCAGCUUCGCAUUUCAGUAUUACACUAUGGGUAAUGUAAUAGUGUAAUUUAAAUCAUCUUAUUGAAGGAAUAACAAGUUAUAACUCCAUGUGGACGAAAUCAAGCUUAAGGAGAAUAAAAUGAUUUCCUUAGAA